GUGCAAUGCAAUAUAAGGCCUAGGCUUAUUGUUUUUCAUUACGGAAAAACUUAGUCAUAUCUCUACAAUAUUUGACGCAUAAAGGUUUUGCAGUUCCAGUUCCAGAUUGUUGACUAGUUAAGCCGUUUUUAGCAGACGAUGGCCAUGAAUUCAGCAGCGAUGUCUUUCCAGCCUGGCACGGGGAGUGUUCCAGCGACCAGAGUGGAAAUCACUGUGUCCUGCAGGGAUCUGAAGGACAAAGAUGUUAUGUCCAAGUCUGAUCCAAUGUGUGUAUUGUAUACAACUCAGCUUGGAUCGAAGGAAUUUGCAGAGUAUGAGAGGACGGAACAUAUCAAGAACACUCUGAAUCCAGACUUUGUGAAGAAAUUCAACUUGACUUACUUCUUUGAAGAGUGCCAGAGGCUGAAAUUUGAAAUAUUCGAUGUUGACUCCCCGAAGCAGAAACUCACAGCUCACGACUUUCUUGGGAAGAUAGAAACGACACUCGGUGAAGUCUUAGGUUCUUCUAAUAAUCGACUGGAGAAACCCUUAGAUGGGGCCGGCAAGAAAGCUGGUAAAAUCAUCAUCUCAGCUGAGGAAGUCAGCGAUUGCAAGACACGUGCAACGUUAAGCUUCCGUGGUCACAAGUUGGACAAGAAAGACUUUCUGGGCAAGUCGGAUCCCUUCAUGAUCUUCUAUCGGUGCAAUGAAGACAACUCGUACACAAUAUGCCACAAGACCGAGGUCAUCAAGAACACGUUGAAUCCAACAUGGCGGCCGUUUCCGAUUCUUGUGAGGGCGCUGUGUAACGGAGACCACGAUCGCACCAUCAAAGUGGAAUGCUUUGACUGGGACAGCGAUGGAGGUAGCCAUGAUCUUAUCGGCAUAUUCACCACAAACAUGAGGCAACUUUCAACUGGAAAACAGAGCUUUGAGUUGAUAAACCCUAAGAAGAAAGCCAAGAAGAAAGGCUACAAACAUUCAGGCACCAUCGAGCUAACCAACUGUGUUGUAGAAGAACAACCUAGCUUCCUAGACUACAUCAAAGGAGGAAUGCAGAUCAACUUCACUGUAGCGAUAGACUUCACUGCUUCCAAUGGUAAUCCAACCCACAGCAAUUCCCUGCAUUAUAUCAACCCAUACCAGCCCAACCAUUACGAGUUGGCCAUCACGUCAGUAGGUGAAGUCAUACAGGACUAUGAUAGUGACAAGUUAUUCCCGGUGCUGGGCUUUGGAGCUAAGAUCCCACCUGAUGGCUCAGUGUCACAUGAGUUUUCUGUGAAUUUCAACCCCCAGACCCCAUUCUGCAUGGGUAUACCUGGCAUCAUGCAGGCCUAUCAGAACUGCAUCAGAAGUGUACAGCUCUAUGGACCAACAAACUUUGCCCCAAUCAUCAACCAUGUUGCAAAGUUUGCGCAAGCCUACAUGGAUGGUUCCAACUAUUUCAUCCUGCUUGUGAUCACAGAUGGUGUCAUCUCAGACAUGGAGAUGACUAAGGAUGCAAUCAUCAGUGCCAGUUCUCUUCCUAUGUCUAUCAUCAUCAUUGGUGUUGGUCCUGCAGAAUUUGAUGCCAUGGAGGAGUUGGAUGCAGACAAGCAGGCGCUGGCAUAUCGAGGCAGAGUAGCAGAAAGAGACAUCGUUCAGUUUGUACCAUUUAGGGAAUACAUCGGUGGUGUCGGGAGCGGCAAUCAGCAUCUCAGUCAGGCCCGCCUAGCCAAGGACGUCUUGGCUGAAGUACCGGACCAGAUCAUCGCCUACAUGAAGAAACGUGGUAUCAACCCUAACCAAUCCCCCACGACGCACACAUCACUGGCUCCAGCCCCAGUGCAGUGAUCAGAUUCAAUAUUGCUUCACAAGUUCAGAGUAAUAACAUGACUCCUGGAUCACUUGCUGAAUUUGUAUAAAUAGUGUUAUAAAAAUGAGAAAGGCAAAUGCCAAAAAUGGAUAAGAGCUUCCAUGUACAUGCACAUUGUAUAUCUGCCAUGCUGGCAACGUCAUGAAAUGUACGUGUUAUAGAUAGUAUAAUAAACCCAUCAGUACCUGUACUGCAUUGUACUACACUACAUUGUGUUGAUGAAUCCGGUUUGGCCAUUUUUGGAUGGAACAUGUACAUGGAGUAACAGGUCGGGCAGUGAACAGACUAGUAGGUUAAUUUAGCAAUAGUUUAGAAUUAGUGUAGGAGAGAAGUUGUUAGGAGAAAGCAGGGAUAGUUUUUUAGUUCAUUUUGUACAGUAACAUGAAGAUCAAACAUGAUGAAGUAAUCAAAUGUGGCUUGAAACAUAACCUUUAGACAGACUGGGCUAAGUCUAAUCAUUUUAGAACCCAGGAAAAUCUUUCACUGAAUGUAAUUAAAACAAAUAAAUGUCUGCUUAUGAUUGCCUUGUAAUGAAGUCAUCUAUUUUCUAUAAUUCUACAUGUAUAGUUUUUCUAUUCUAUCUUCUUAAACUAAAUGUGUAUCUAAUCAUGGCAAAUGAUUAAAAUUUAUGUCAAUAUAUUCUACAUGUAUGAGAAUUUGCCUGCACUUAAUUAUGUGAUAGAUUGAAUGUAGUUCUGUCUUCUAGAUCUCUGUCUGACUUUAUUUGCUAUAUAGUCUGUUUGGAUGUGGAUUUGUUUAUUUGUAACUUUUUUAAGAGGAAAUAUUUUACUUCCUAUUGAACUCAAAACAGCCUUGGAAUACAGCCUUAUUAAAAAUAUAUCAGAACGGUUUGAAUUCAAUACAUUUAAAAAAUGGUGAAAAUCAAGGGAUGAUAGAGCUCCAGCACAGUGUCCCACAGACUGUAGAUUGGAACUUGAGCAUCAGUGUUGCCUUCGAUUGUUUCAAUUUGGUGCUGUAUGAGAGAGCGACACAUCGGGUUCAGCUCAAUUUGUGUGCCUACAUGUGCAAAAUGUACAUGCAUGCACAUGUUCUUGUCCAUACUUUUACUUUGAAAUUCAUUGACUACAUUGUAUAUG